UUUUCAUAAGGAAAGUAGAACCGAUAUGUUGCAUUGUGAUUGUUGUUUUUAAAGUAAACCAACAUGCCAUCAAAUGCAACGAAGAGGUUAUACAUUCAAACUCCGGACCCAAUUACUGAGCCAGUUCAGACCUCCACCAUAGUCAUCAUACACCCCGGAUCAUUUAAUCUACGGAUUGGACGAGCAUCAGACCCCCUCCCACUAACAAUACCCCACUGUCUGGCCAGGAAACGGGUCUCACCAACCAAAAAAUCAAGUUCUCUAAUAUUCAGACCAGAAUGUGUUCAUACAGAGGCGAAGCAACAGUUCAAAGUCGGACUGAAGCAGGCUGAGGAAACAGUCACAACUCGACCGACCUCAACCGGGGAAUAUCGGCAAACUUCAUCGUGUAAACAGCUUUACAGUUAUAAUCAUGGUGUGAAGGGUCAAAGGACAGAGGUCAUUUGCCCACAAUGCUGGACAAAGACGGACAACCAGCCACCUAUCAUUGUUGGCCAAGAGGCUCUCUAUGUGAAUCCUGCAGACAGCUACAAUCUUCACUGGCCAAUCAGACGGGGUCAGCUGAAUAUUCAUGAUGGUCCAGGGGGAACCAUGACAGCAGUGUUAGCAGACAUCGAGGCUAUCUGGGCAACUGCAUUACAGAAACACCUAGACAUACCACUCAAAGAUCUCAAGAUGUAUAAAGCCCUGCUGUUGAUUCCCGAUGUCUUCAAUCACAAACACACAAAGCACCUGAUGAAUCUGCUGCUGGACAGACUGGGGUUUGGUGGGGCCAUUCUGCACCAGGAAUCAGUUUGUGCAACUUUUGGGUCAGGGGUCAGCAGUGCUUGUGUGGUGGAUGUUGGAGACCAGAAAACCAGUGUGUGUUGUGUAGAGGAUGGAAUAUCUCACAGAAACACCAGAGUGACAAUGGAGUUUGGUGGAAGUGACAUCACCAGGUGUUUUUUUAAUGUGAUUCAGAGGUCGGGAAUUAAUUUGAGGGAGUUAGACCCACAGAGCACCGUCGACUGUCUUCUCCUGCAGGAAAUGAAAGAAACCUACUGUAAUCUGGAUCAGGAUGAUGGUGGAAUAAAGGAGCACUCCAUUCUGAUAAAGAGGCCAGAGCAACACAUUGUGAAGUAUCCCAUCAGACUUGGCGAUGAAGGCAUCCUUGCUCCCAUGAGUCUCUUUUUCCCUGACCUCUUGACCUUACAUGGAGACUUGGCACAUGUCCAAAAGAGAAGUGAGGGAGAUCCAGAGGACCCACAUGAUGAGUUUUAUCUCAAAAUGACCUCAAGGGAGACAAAACUGGCAAAAAAGAAAGAGAACUCUGACAACAAAGACGCCAACGAGAGCAACAUCGGGCAGUUUGACGACUCAACGUAUCAACCCCAGAUGGACGAAGACUCGAAUGACAACACCGAGUCUUUGCAGGUUGUGGACAAUCAGAAGAGUGGGCGGGGAAUGGAGAUGGAGGAGGAGCCAGAGACCGAGUCAGAUUCUGAAGUUCAGUUAAUGGGCAUUGACCAAGCCAUACUACACAGUAUCGAUAAGUGUGACAAUGAUGAGACCAAGAAGAAGAUGUACAGCUGCAUGGUUGUGGUGGGAGGCGGGAUGAUGUUUGAAGGAGCUCAACAGUGGCUCCAGUACCGAGUGUGGGUGGGAAUGCCGCCACAGUACCGAUUAAUGCUGGAAACCAUGGACGUCCUGACCAAACCUAAGGAAUUGGAUCCCCAAAUGGUUUGCUGGAAAGGAGCAGCCAUCUUGGCCUGUCUGGACACCACACAGGAGUUAUGGAUUACACAGAAAGAGUGGAAGCAGUACAGUGUUAGAAUGUUGAGGGAGAGGGCUCCAUUCAUGUGGUGAAGAAACUCAGGCAUAACACACAGACUGGGGAAAAGCCCUGUUCAAGUGGUGAGGAACGUCCGGGAUAUCACGCAAUCUAAAUGUACAUUCGAUUGCUGUGUUUUGUAGGUGGAGCACACUAUGAAUGUUAACCAUAGUGAAUUAUAAGGACUAGAUCUACUCAACCUAGUGCCAUCAGAUUCCUGAAAACUGACCAAACGUUUGUGUAACUGCUCUCUGGUAAAGAAGAGUGUGAAAUAUUCGAUUGGAAAUGUUCAAUACCAAGUGUGUACAAAGUCCAAAACUGCAAAGUAAUAAUUAGGUCAUUAUAUACUUUGUAAAUUGACGCCGUCAGUUUUAAAAUAAAUUCUUAAAUCUCUUA